CUUACUGGUGCCGAGGCGCCCGGGGAGGUGGGGGGGGAGUUCUGGGGCCUUGUACGAGGUCCGGAAGUGCGUGGGUUGCCUAGUGGGGUUUGCUGGGAACAUGGAGGUGGCAGAGGUAGCCGGAACACACGGACUCCUGUGACUUCCUUCUGGGGUCCCCUGGGGUAAGAAUAAGGAGAUGCUUGGCCUACCAGACCAACCAUACUGUUUCUCCAGAGCUUUUGGCAAAGAACACAAGACUUAACUUUCCUGUUAGUCUCUUGCAUGAUUUUGGGAUGUCACUGAAGUCAACUGCCUCUUGGAUAUCACCAUCCUCCUCCUCUACAUUAGCCACUACUCCAGACAAUUACUCCUUCCUUUCCAUGUCUUACUUCACUUCACAGGAGAUGAAGUGUGUCUUACAUUGGUUUGCCAGCUGGUCAGAUCCCCAGCGUGAGCGUUUCCUGCAGGACUUGGUAGCUAAGGCAGUGCCAGGCAAAUUACAGCCUCUCUUAGAGGGAUUGGAACAGCUUAGUGUGUCCGGAGCAGACCGACCACCACACAUCUUUGAUUGCCAGCUUCGACUCUGGGAUCAGUGGUUCCGAAGUUGGGCUGAGGAGGAGCGCAAUGAGUUUGUCAGACAACUGGAGGCCAGUGAGCCAGACUUUGUAGCAAAGUUUUAUCAAGCAGUAGCUGCUACAGCUGGUAAGGACUGAUAGGAGUUAGCAUCAUAAAAGACAAUAUGACUGAUGGAGUUGGGUUGAUAGCUUUGAUGUAGGAGUGCCCAGAUGAGAAGGAAAUGUCUCGAGAUGACAUCUAGGUCUGUUUUCAGAGUUAUUAUUGUUGGAUUUCUAGCCUAUAGAUUGCUACAGGUUUUAAAAUCAAAGUCAGUCCAAAUCAUUGGCUAUUAUUCUGCUUCCUCCACAUAAUCCUAAAACUCCUUAGACUGUGUCAUCUUGACUUCCUUUGCAAGCUGUCUCUGAAAAGAAUUGGAAUAUCAGAAACCCAGAUCUUCCCAGGUUUGGUCCACCAGAGGGGGUGAAGGGUAGGGGAGUAAAUGGAACACUUAUUAUGGGAACAAGCUUCGGGCAAUUAGAUAGUAGGUGGGUAUCAGUUCAAAGAGCUUAGCUAAAUCUGGACCAGUGAUCUCCUGGACCCCUAUCUGGUUUGGUUUGUAAGCUAAGUGUUAGGGUAUCAAUGGGUCAGUUAAAUGGAGGGAUGAAGUAGAGAUGAUUACAUGCCAAGCCUAAGAGCCCUGGUUCCAAAGUUUCACAGUAUUUUUGGAGCCAGUAGCAAGAGUUCUUAUUUCAUAACUUAGCUCUACCAAGAUUAUGAAAACAAAUGUCACAUCCUAUGAGAUGGAAGGUUUAUUUUUGUAAUUCAAGAAAUAAUAGGUGCUGGGAAUACAAAGACAAAAAAAAUGGCCUUUGCCCUAGUUGGGCAUACAGGUACUUGUACCAGAAUAAAAGGAUGCUCUCAUGUAAUCUAAA